AUGGUGGCCCUGUCAAGACCGACACGGGUGGCCUCUCACCAGGCUUCAUCUACGAGCUCCACUCCACAUUUCGACCGAUGUACGGGACUCGCACUUUGGAUGGCAGUCAAUCCUGUGUCAGGACGGGCUGGGUCAGUCCCAGAGCACAGUCCGAUCUGCAAAGGCAUUCAAUGA